UCCAUCUAUAAAUACCCGUUUUCCCCUUCAAUCAAUUCAACUGAUUUCUCAUUCGCUCUUCAAUCUCCUCUCGAUCUAACGAACACUCCUUAACGAGAAAUCAAAUUGAAAAAACUUCAACUACUGAAUCAAAAUCCACAGUAAUUAACGGGACAGUAAUGUCGAUAGAUUUGAUUCUGAAACCUUCAUGUAGCAGGUGUGGUUCAUCCUCGGAUCUGUAUGGAAGCUCAUGCAAGCAUUUGACUCUCUGUUUGUCUUGUGGUAAAAACAUGGCUGAGACUCGUGAUAAGUGCUAUGAGUGUGGAACUCCAGUUACACGAUUGAUUCGAGAGUAUAAUGUUCGGGCUUGCUCCAGCAAUGACAAGAAUCAUUUCAUUGCUAGAUUUGCUUCAGGCUUACCUAAAUUUUCAAAAAAAAAGAAUGACAGUAAAUGGACUUUACAAAAAGAAGGUUUGCAAGGACGUCAAGUUACAGAUACUUUGCGGGAGAAGUACAAGAAUAAACCAUGGCUAUUAGAGGAUGAAACUGGUCAAUUUCAGUUCCAUGGUCAUCUCGAAGGAGCACAGUCAGCACAAUAUUAUCUACUGAUGAUGCAGGGUGAAGAGUUAUUUGCUAUUCCUGCUGGUUCUUGGUAUAACUUCAACAAAGUAGCCCAAUAUAAGCAACUUACUCUGGAGGAAGCAGAAGAGAAAAUGAAAAAUAGAAGAAAAACUGCUGAUGGGUACCAGAGAUGGAUGAUGAAAGCAGCAAAUAAUGGGCCUGCUGCCUUCGGUGAAGUAGAAAGAUUUGAUGACAAAGAAGGUGGAUCUGGUGGGACAAGGGGGCGUAAGAAAACUUCUGGUGAUGAGGACGAAGGCAAUGCAUCAGACCAUGGGGAUGAAGAUGAGGAAGAGGAGGCUGCUAGGAAAAACAGGUUAGGACUCAACAAAAGAGGCAUUGAUGAUGAUGAAGAGGGUCCUAGAGGGGGCGAUCUUGACCUCGAUGAUGAUGAUAUUGAAAAAGGGGAUGACUGGGAGCAUGAGGAGAUUUUUACGGAUGAUGAUGAAGCUGUUGGGAAUGAUCCUGAGGAGAGGGAGGAUUUGGCUCCUGAAAUUCCUGCUCCUCCAGAGAUUAAGCAGGAUGAAGAUGACGAGGAGGAAGGUGAAGAAGAGGGAGGUGGUUUGAGCAAAUCUGGAAAGGAGCUGAAAAAAUUGCUUGGAAAAGCCAAUGGAUUGAAUGAAUCAGAUGCUGAGGAUGACGAUGAUGAUGAUGAUACAGAAGAAGAUAUUUCACCUGUAUUGGCUCCUAAGCCGAAGGAAGCACCUAAAGAAGAACCGGUUGAGACCAACAGUCCUUUGAAACCAGCUGCUUCUGGAUCCAACCGUGGUACUCCAACUUCAAAGUCAGCUAAGACUAAAAGAAAAGCUAAUGGAGAUGAGUCGAAACCAACUAGUGGUGCUCCCUUGAAAAAAGUGAAAACAGAGACGGAUGCCAAGCCUGGGAAAGAUGAAACCCCAUCUACUGCAAAGAACAGUGCUCUUUCAAAGGGUGCAUCAUCCUCUUCCAAAACUGCUCCAAGUCCAGCCACAGGUCCUGUUACUGAAGAUGAAAUUAGAGCUGUUCUACUGCAGAGAAAACCAGUGACCACACAGGAUCUUGUCAGCCAAUUUAAAUCUCGUUUGAAAUGUAAAGAGGAUAAGGCUGCUUUUGCUGAAGUAUUGAGGAAGAUCUCCAAGAUACAGAAGACUACUACAGGAAGUAGCUAUGUCGUGUUGCGAGAGAGGACAAAUCAAUAGGACAAACCAAGAUAACAUUGGCUACAAAUUGGUCAAGAUCUGGAGAAUUUGGAAAAGAAACUGUAUUUUAUGUUUUGUUUGACGUCUAAACGUUAUAUAAUGAGCAAGCUUU